AUGCAGUAAAGUUUAGGCUUAGAAUUAUAACUUUAAUAGGUUAAAACAGAAAAUAACCUAAAUUCGUAAGCGACUUUUGGUGAAUAGGAUAGAGGAUAGCUUACGUUAACUACUAUGGACAGUUCUACUAAUAUAACUAAUUCCAUAUCGCUUUAGAGAGAAUACUCUUCUGUAAAAAGGUAAAAUAAUCAGAUCAAAUAACAAAAUGAAUAACUCUUAAAUGAGGUAAAUGAGCUGAAGAUUAAGCUUUAACUCUAUGAGCAAAAGUUUAAAGAAUAAGAAGAGAAAAUAAAAUAGCUGAAUCAGAAAAACAACAACAAUGAUUAGCAGUAAGAUAUCAUAUACUAUGAAGAACAUGAUAAAUCAAAGUUAAUAAAAAAGAUUUUUUAGACACAAAAACCUCUAACUAAAUAAUAAAGAGCACGUAUCAGAUAAAUGAAUUAAAAUGCUAAUUAGAAGGUUUAAGAUGAAAAAUCAUAAAAAUUUAAUGUACCUUAGAGAUUUGCUACUGCUGAGAAUAAGUUUUCAUAGAAAGGUGAUUAAAAUGCAGUAUCUCCUUUCUGUAGAGCGCAAUAUAAGGAACCAUUCGACUAAGUAUUUGAAAACUAAAAUAAUAAUCAAAUUACUGAUCAGAACUAACAAACCAGGCAACGAGAAGCUUCUGAUAUCAGCCUUGCUAAAAGAGAAUUAUUUAGGAGAAAUACUUAGGAAGAAAAACAUGAGAAUAAAAUGACUACUGAUGCACAUCACUACCACCAAAGCGGGUUCAUCAAAUUGUAAAAAGUGAGAGAGGAAUCAAACUAAUUGAAGGUAGAAAAGGCUGAGCAAGUAGUAGCAAUAGGAUAUGACCCACAAUCAAACUUCAAGACAAAGACAUAAAUGGCUAUGCUUAACGAUAAGAGUCAACGCAGAAUAUAAAAUAAUUCCUCAUUUGAUGCAAAUUUUAUCAAAAAAGAACAGAAAAUUAUCCAUUAUAAAAAUAAUUUUGAAUAGCAAAAGAUAUUUAGCUAAAAUUUAUAUGGAAAAAAUAUUUAAACUCCUCAUGAACAUUCUGAUUUCUUUUACCAUUAAAAAGAUUUUAAUUAGGGAAACCAAGGGUAAAAUCAAGCUCAUGUAAUAUAUUCUGACCAACCAAGUCAAAAUACAAUCAACUCUUAAAACAAUAACUAAAAUUCAAAAGAAAAUUUCAACCCAAAUCAUACUAGUAGUAUAAUUACACCUUAGAAUGCAUCAGCUGAUAAUAAUUAAAGCUCAGGUAGUAAUAGUAAUGGUAAUAUAAUUAAUAAUAAUACUAACAACAAUAUCAAUAGCAAUAACAAUAACAAUAACUUUAACUUUAACAGUAAUAACAAUAACAACAAUAAUCAUUGGAUUGUGUAAAACACAAAUCUGCAAAAUGCAAAUUCUUAAGGUAAUAUAAGUCCUUAAAAUUUUCCAAAACUAGUCCUUUAGCAAAGUCAAGCACCUCCAUAGCAAAGUACCCCUUUUUAGCUUUUACCUUUAAGCAAAUAGACAAGUUUAAAUUUAGUGACUAGCCCUGCUAAUAUGAUGAAUUUUAACAACAAUCCAAGCAAUAACAAUAUACAAAAUAAUAUUUUUCUUAAUCAAUCAAUUGAACAGAACCCAUUCAGUUCAAAUGAUAUAGAUAUUUCUAUGAGUAAUUCUCAAGAUUCUAACUUAAAGACCAUGAUUGUGACUACGGAAUAGGAUCCAGAAUAAAUAAAAUAUGAGGCUGACUACAAUAAAUUUUAAAAACUUUUUUUUGACUUAAAGUAGUUUGGUGUGCAAGGAGAUUUUUUAUUUGAGGAGUUUAUGAUAAUUGGACCAGAUUUGAAUGAGUUAAAAGACUAGAUUGAAGAAAAUUUAAAUCCUUUUAGUGGAAUAAGAGGAUCUACAUCUGAAUAUAAAAAGGGUACUGUUAAGUAGUAAAUUCUCUUUUCAUAGCCUUGUUAUGUUUCUCCUUUGAUUUGUCCAAAGAGACAGGCUGUAUCUUAAUUUGCAUUUCCAUAAGGCCUAUAGUAUUAUAGGUAUAGAAGUUAAGCUGACUUAUAAAAUAUGCCACACAGAUUCAAGGACAUUUUAUUAAUGAAUCUUUGCUAGUAGAAGGAAACAGGUAUUAGUGAGAAUAUGUUUAUAUUAAGUAUUAGAGGUGAAGAUGAGCUAAGGACUAAACACAUUUCACUAGAAGCUAUUAAUUCUAACUCAAUUAUGUAUGCUAUCUGCUAUUAGUAAGAUGAUUUACUUGUUGUAAAUGACGAUGAGACUGGAGAAAAAACAGUCUUUUUAUUCCCUACAGUCUACUGCAUUCUUACUUACUAUCCUUUCAUUGAUUUCUUCCUCAGAGUGAUUCAAGAAGUAGUAAAUCGAAUCAAGACUAUUAGAUUAGUGAAAAGUUCCUUCUCAGGCAUAAUUGAUAACAGCCUUUAAAACGUUGACAUUGACCAGGUUAUAAAGAAUCUUCAAAAAGAUAAGGAUUUAAGCUAUUGUCUGAGAGCUCUUUAGAUAAGAGAAGUACAGCCAGAUAAAUUUGUAUAUUUUUACCUCUAUAAUCCUCAAAUUUAAUGUUAGCAUUAAGAUGAAAAGAACUAAUAAGACGAAAAAAAACGAUUAUCUACCUUCAACAACUAAUCAUUAUAGAACAAACAAUUUACGGCUGCUUCUUAUAAUGUUCCUCCAUUAGAAGAGAUGAGCUAUGUAGAAGGAGUAGAAGCAGCAUACCUUACAUUUUCAAAUUUACCAUAUUAUGACUUUUAAUUGAUAUUUACUUUGAUUUUGCUAGAAAAAAAAGUUGUUUUCCUAUCAAAAAAUAUCACACUACUUACUCUAACUUCAAUUACAUUCUAGAAUAUCAUCAAACCUAUGAAGUAUCCCCAUCCAGUUAUUUUUUCUAUCUGCGAAGAUUUGAUGUACUUCCUCGAAUCACCUGUGCCUAUCAUAGUGGGAGUUAAUAUGAGUUCAGAAAAGUUUGAAUACCAAUAUGGUUACAAUGAAGAUUGUUACUAUAUUGACUUGGAUAAAAAUAUGAUAAUCACUAAAAACCAACAAAGUGUUUGUAAGAUGGAGAGUUAAAAAUUCAAAUUUGGCAACCAAAAAAAAAAAAUAAAGCAAAUAUUCAGUGAAAUAAAUAACAAUAUCACAUCUAAAUAAUUAGGAAACAAAUUCAAAAAAUUUUUACAGAGAUCUCAUAAUGACAAAAGGCUUGUUUAUAAACCAGAUGAAAAUUAGAUUCAAAACUUAAAAAAUCUUCUAGUUCUUAUAAGAAAAUCUAUCUCAGAAACAAUUAUUGAAAAAUUGCCUACCACACCCAUUUUCUAGCAAGACAACUCUUAAUAACUAGAUAUGGUAUAAAUUUAGAAUUCAAUCUUAAAAAAUUGCUAAGGUAAUAAAGUUUUCCUAGAAAAUUUUGUCGAAACAUAAAUUUUUUUUUUCUACAUAGAAUAAAAGUAUUUUUGA